CCACGCAUGCGCGCUGGCCAGGAGGCGCUCUGUAUUUGAUCGCUUGUGUGCAAUUCGUUCUUUGACAAAGUACCCCGAGUUUAGCGAAUGGAUGAAUGCAGGUAAUUUAAUAAUAAGUUCCUGACUCUUUGCAAAACAAAUAUAGGUGAACGGAUUGAUUCGGUUUAACGUGAUAGUAAACAUAACUGUGAUGUGUUUCAGCAGUCAAGUUGCCAACGAGUCACUGGAAAUAAAGUGGUAACGUUAAACAAAGUACGACUCGAGUAAGAGUGCAAACAGAUAGCAAGAGGUCUAUUAAACAGACGGUUUUAGAUUUUACUUUAACCUAUCUCGAGCGAUAACGUGGCACAAGAUGGUGGUGUUUGCUGCCAUUCUUGCAUUAUCAGUAUUGAUAGGUGCGCUGGUCAUUUUAGUCGCUGUAGCAAUCAGUAAACAGAACAGUGAAUCUUCUGAGGAGAACGAGCAGAACAAAGACGCAGAUUCGACAAUUGAUGAAAAUGCUGCGAAAGCGCCUUCCAAGAAGCAAAAGCAGCAACAGCGCCCCCGUAAGGAAAGACCGCAGCAACACACAUUCUCCCAUCAGCUACUUGCUUCCGGUUUAAAGAGUCACAAUGGCAAUGUGACUUGUCUGGAUUUUAGUAGCAAUGGUAAAUACCUUGCGUCUUGCUCGGAUGACCGCACCAUUAGGAUCUGGAGCACUAAAGACUUCCUGGAUCGAGAUCACAAGUGCUUGCGGGCCAACGUUGAGUUUGAUCAUGCCACCCUCGUCCGGUUCAGUCCAGAUUCUCGAGCCUUUAUAACCUGGCUGGCAAACGGAGAGACCAUUCGCAUCUAUAAGAUGAUCAAAAAGGACGAUGGCACGUUCAAUUUUAAGGCAGCCCCAGAAGAUUUCCCUCAGAGGCACAAGGGAAUCAUUUUAAACAUUGGGAUUGCAGAGACGGGCAAAUUUAUAAUGUCUGCCUCUGUUGAUACCACCAUUGUGAUCUGGGAUUUGAAGGGAGAAGUUCUGGCUACUAUCAACACUAAUCAGAUAACCAACUCGCACGCGGCUAUAUCACCAUGUGGCAGGUUUGUUGCUUCCUGUGGCUUUACCACGGAUGUGAAGGUGUGGGAGGUUUGUUUUGGUAAAACUGGAGAGUUCAGAGAGGUUGUGCGUGCAUUUGAUCUUAAGGGGCAUUCGGCUGGCGUUUACUCCUUUGAUUUCUCCAACGACUCUCGAAGAAUGGUGACCGUAUCUAAAGACGGCACAUGGAAGCUGUGGGACACUGAUGUGGAGUACAAGAAACAGCAGGAUCCAUACUUGUUGCGGACUGUGCCGUCUCAGGUGUCAGAGGGGAGCCGCAUAGCACUGUCUCCAGAUGGCCGCGUAGUUGCUGUGUCCAACGGUUCUGAUAUAGCCAUGUACAGUGCUAUCACUGGUGAACUAGAAGAAGAAUUCCAUGACGUUCACAGUAAAGAGAUAACCGACCUUAAGUUUGACAUGAACAACCGCUUCUUAGUAAGCACUGGCGACCGGGCCAUUCGUGUAUUUCACAAUGUAAUUGGUUACCGUGCCGCCAUCCAGGAUAUGCAAACCAUGCUGAAGAAGUCCCCAAACGAUGGAGUAAGACAGAGACUCCAGCAGCAGAUAACAGAUGCUGAGAAUGCUCUGGAAGCUGUGCUUAAUGGACCAAAGAACUAGACAAAAGAACAACUUUAACUGCCUUUUAUGAACUGAAGGCCAUUUUGUUUUCAGAGUCUCGCUUUAGCAUGUUGGUUCUAAAGAAUAAAUCAAGUGUUUGAUUA